AGUUUCGUACAAACUACAAAGCAAAGGCAAAAACCAAAACCCAGCUUAAACUCGAAUCUCUCUCUCUCUCUCUCUCUUUUUAUAAACAAUGGCUUUCUCUAAAUCUCUAGGGUUUGUUAUCCUCGCCGCUCUUUUGAUCUCUUUCACGGUUGCUCAAUCUCCUACUCCAGCUCCAGCUCCAUCUCACGGCAGAGGAAGACGGAUCUCUUCGCCAGCUCCUUCUCCUAAGAAGGCCACUACUCCUUCCCCUAAGGUUUCGCCUACUCCUUCUCCAACGCCUUCCGCAUUGACUCCAGAUUCAUCCGCUUCGCCUCCAUCUCCUCCUUCGGCUGAUUCUCCUAUCUCUGAGUCGCCGGAGGCUUUAUCUCCCUCUGCGAUCCCCGAUUCUCCCACUGAAGCUCCUGGUCCUUCUCAGGGCGCCGCCGUUUCCAACACUUACGGUGUCUUCGGAUCUGUGGCCGUUAUGUUAACCGCUGCCGUUUUGGUUAUCUAGAAGCUUCUUUUCUUAUUUUAUUAUUUAUUUUAUUUAUUCUAAGAUAUAUAUUACCUUCUUAUUUUGAGUUUUUGCUUAGAGAUGAUUCCUUUUUUUUUAUAUUUAGAAUAUUUUCUUUGUUUCCUAUGAGCGUUGUAUCUAUCUACAUCCAAUAUUUAUUUUAUCUAUGAUUAUUUUA